AUGAUGGCUUAUGAACCCAACCAGUCAGCUGGGGCAAACGCCGCAGAUCUUGAGCGUGGUCUUCAAGGAUCCUCGGACCCCCUAUCUCCCAAUUUCGGUGGCGGGGACUUUAUACCCCCUACACAAGUGGGCUCUGGUAAAGGUAUAGAAGAGUCCUCAGAUUCUUCUUCAUUGGUACCUCAGGCAAAGAUAUCUGCCUUAGAGCUGGAGAGCUCAUCCCCUGGUUUACGCGCAGGCCCACCUCCAGCUUUUGAAUCUGAAAAAUCGUCCCCCACUUCGGAGCUGCCUACAUUGCCCUAUCAAGAGACUCAGUCUACGGAGACCACAACACCACCUUCUCCAACUGCGUCUUUGGCACCGGUUGAAAAGGAACCAAACGAAAAGGCAAUACAAGGAUCCAUAGUACCUACUCCGCCUAAGCCUGCUCAGGCCAAAUCCAAGCCUCCGAGUAUCGAAGCUAGCCUUUGGAUUCGAUUCAAUCUCUUCUUUAAUACCUACCGCAAAUUCUAUACCUUUGUCGUGACCUUAAAUGGCAUAGGAAUCGUUCUGGCUGGCAUCGGUCGGUUCGAAUAUGCAGUCAAUCACUCGGGUGCACUUGUACUUGGCAAUCUGUUAUGCGCCGUUAUGAUGCGUAAUGAGCUUUUCCUGCGGUUUCUCUUCCUUAUCGCGAACACAUUUUUCGCAAAGUGGCCUCCAUUGUGCAUUCGUCUGGGAAUAACUUCCAUAUUGCAACACAUCGGCGGUAUUCAUUCCGGCUGUGCAACAUCAGGUCUGGCUUGGCUCUUAUACAAAGUGAUCGAGCUAUGCCGUCAUGCAUCCGUGAACCAGAAGUCGGUUAUUGCAAUGGGGGUCGUUACGAGCGUUGCUGUGUCAAUUAGUGUGCUUAGCGCUUUCCCAUGGAUUCGAAACCAGCACCACAAUGUUUUUGAACGCCAUCACCGAUUUAUCGGCUGGCUCGGCCUUCUGGCGACCUGGAUUUUCGUCAUUUUGGGUAAUGGGUUUAACCCUCAGACUGGGGAAUGGACCGCGACGGGAUAUCAUAUGAUCAGCACGCAGGAAUUCUGGUUCGCAUUGGGAAUGACGGUCUUUAUCGUCCUGCCUUGGACAUUCACUCGUCGUGUCCCGGUUCAUGUCGAGGUCCCGUCGCCCAAGGUUGCCGUUCUCAGAUUCGACCGAGGUAUGCAACAAGGUUUGCUUGGUCGGAUCAGCCGAAGCAGCAUGUUGGAGUACCAUGCGUUCGGUAUCAUUUCGGAAGGCACCCAUUCGCCAUAUCACUACAUGGUCUGCGGUGUACAGGGGGAUUUUACUCGCGGAUUGGUGGAAGAUCCUCCCAAGUACAUUUGGACUCGUGAGCUCAAGUUUGCGGGAGUAUCGAAUACGUCUACUUUAUACCGGAGGGGAAUUAGGGUCUGUACCGGUACAGGAAUCGGAGCAGCGCUUUCCACAUGUAUUCAACACGAAGGAUGGUUCUUAAUUUGGAUUGGUUCGGACCAGGAGAAAACAUUUGGAAAGACUAUUUCUGCAAUGAUUCAGAAAAACAUCCCUCCUGAGCGCCGUAUUCUUUGGGACUCAAAGAAGGUCGGGCGACCGAAUACUAUCAAACUUAUCGAAGAGGUUUAUCGAAGUUUUGAUGCUGAAGUUGUUUUUAUUACUUCCAAUUACAUCGGAAACCGUGAGAUGAUGGUCGGUUGCAGGAAAUUAGGAAUUCCUGCUUUUGGAACUCUUUGGGAUUUCUGA